AUGAUGAAGUCUACCCUCCGCUUGGACUAUGGCACUAUAUCUGGCUCUGUUCGUGGAAUCGAAACCAAAUUCACCAUCACACAAGACGAGGCUUACGAUUACAAAAUUGCGCAUGAUGAUUUCGACCCCGAUAUUGUCUUUCCCCAGAUGAUGCAGGUUGCAGAUCAACUCCAAGAUAUCCUACAAUCGAGCUUGAGCUCUGAACAAGAAACCGCUUGUGAAAAACAUAUUCUGGAAUGCCUGACCCGUAUGGUUUAUGGAUCGAACAUGAUUGAGCAUGCUGGUGCAGGCCUGGAGAUUACCUGGAAGUUAUGCAUGAAGGUUUUUAAGGGCGAGCCCGUGCUUGAGGAUAUUGGGGAGCGCGAUGAGGAUCGCCGUGAAAUUAUCCAGCAUGCAAAAGCCGCCGCUUUCAUGAUAACCGAGUGCUAUCUACAUGACAAGGAACUAUCCCAAGAAAUUAUCCUUGAAACCCAUCGGAUUUUGUGCUACAAGGUCGACGCCGAAAGUGCACCGUGGGAAACUUAUAGCGGUGCUUUUCGUUCUGUGGAUGUCAGUGCAGGGUUUCACACAUUUCCACCCCCAAAACUUAUCCCAUCCAAGAUGAAAGAUAUGAUCCACCAACUAGACUCUGAUCUUAAGCAAGCUUGUCAAUCUGGGGAUAUCGGUCCUGUGAUGCUUUCUGCAAAAUACACUCAUAUCUUUGUCAACAUCCACCCGUUUCUUGAUGGAAAUGGUCGUCUCUGCCGUCUAAUCUUGAACACGAUGCUUCUGAAAUACGGCAGCUUUAUUAUCUCGCUAGGGGGGUACGGGAAGGGCCGCCAAAUUUACAAUGAGGUUGCAGCCAACGAAAGUACUCUGGAAGAUACUUAUGAUGGGCGUGAAGAGGAGAAAAAGCCAGUUAUGCACAAAGAACUGGCAAGUCUGGUCUUGUCGCACGCAAAGUUGAGCCUAGGGAAGCUGAUUAAGGCUAUUUCUAAAUGA